ACAACAAUCCCGUUAACACACAGCGUGGAUUUGCAAUGGCUAGUGGAGUGGAAUGCUGUCCUAGUAAAUAGCCAUUAUGAUGUGAAAAGUCCUUCCCAUGUCUGGAUAUUUGCACAGUCCGUUAAAGACCCAUGGGUUCUCUGCCUCUUCAGUUUUCUUAGGCAGGAGAAUUUACCAAAACAUUGUCCUACAGCUCUCAGCUAUGCUUGGCCAUACGCUUUCACGAGGCUACAGUUGAUAAUGCCUCUUGUGGAUCCAAAUAUUCCUGUUAAUGCAAAGAAAACAAGUACAGCAAGCAGUGGAGACAACUAUGUUACUUUGUGGAGAAACUAUCUUAUUCUCUGCUUUGGAGUAGCAAAGCCCAGUAUUAUGAGCCCAGGGCACUUGCGUGCUUCAACACCAGAGAUCAUGGCUACCACUCCUGAUGGAACAGUGAACUACGAUAAUAAGGCUAUUGGAACUCCAUCUGUUGGAGUCUUACUAAAGCAGCUAGUGCCUUUGAUGAGACUUGAAAGCAUAGAAAUAACGGAGUCACUUGUAUUAGGAUUUGGAAGAACAAAUUCCCUUGUUUUCAGGGAAUUAGUAGAAGAACUUCACCCCCUAAUGAAAGAAGCCCUAGAAAGAAGACCAGAGAACAAGAAACGUCGAGAACGCCGAGAUCUACUGAGACUGCAGUUACUGCGAAUUUUUGAACUACUUGCUGAUGCUGGUGUUAUAAGCGACAGUACAAAUGGAGCCUUAGAAAGAGAUACAUUAGCCCUUGGAGCCUUGUUCUUGGAGUAUGUUGAUCUGACUCGCAUGCUUCUGGAGGCUGAAAAUGACAAAGAAGUCGAAAUCCUUAAGGAUAUGAGAGCACAUUUCAGUGCAAUGAUUGCCAACUUGAUUCAGUGUGUUCCAGUUCACCACAGGAGAUUUCUAUUCCCUCAGCAGAGCUUGAGGCAUCACCUGUUCAUCUUAUUCAGCCAGUGGGCAGGACCUUUCAGUAUUAUGUUCACACCGCUGGACCGUUACAGUGAUAGAAAUCAUCAGAUUACAAGAUACCAGUAUUGUGCAUUAAAGGCCAUGUCAGCUGUGCUCUGCUGUGGACCUGUAUUUGAUAAUGUUGGUCUUUCCCCUGAUGGAUAUCUUUACAAAUGGCUUGAUAACAUUCUGGCUUGUCAAGAUUUACGUGUUCAUCAGCUUGGCUGUGAAGUUGUAGUCCUGUUGCUAGAACUGAAUCCUGAUCAAAUAAAUCUCUUCAACUGGGCUAUAGAUCGAUGUUACACUGGAUCAUACCAGCUUGCCUCUGGAUGUUUCAAAGCCAUUGCAACUGUGUGUGGAAGCAGGAACUAUCCUUUUGAUAUAGUGACGCUUUUAAACUUGGUGCUAUUCAAGGCUUCUGACACCAACAGGGAGAUUUAUGAAAUUUCCAUGCAACUUAUGCAGAUCCUUGAAUCAAAGCUUUUUGUUUAUUCAAAAAAGGUAGCUGAGCAAAGACCGGGCAGUAUCUUGUAUGGUACACAUGGUCCACUGCCACCUCUUUACAGUGUCUCACUUGCCCUUCUUUCAUAUGAACUAGCACGGAUGUAUCCCGAACUUACCCUUCCACUUUUUUCAGAGGUGAGCCAGCGAUUUCCAACAACACAUCCAAAUGGAAGACAGAUCAUGCUUACCUAUCUGCUACCAUGGCUUCAUAAUAUUGAACUUGUAGACAACAGACUGCUUCUCCCUGGUUCAAGCCCCACCACUCCAGAAGAUGAACUGAAGGACAAGGAUGGUGAAAUAACAGUCACAACUGGACUAAAAGGCAAUGGCUGGGGCUCUCCUGAGGCCACCUCACUGGUUCUUAAUAAUCUCAUGUAUAUGACGGCCAAGUAUGGAGAUGAAAUUCCCGGACCAGAGAUGGAAAAUGUCUGGAACGCUUUGGCCAACAAUGAAAAAUGGAGUAACAACCUUAGGAUAACCCUGCAGUUUCUCAUUAGUUUGUGUGGUGUUAGCAGUGAUACCAUCCUUUUACCUUAUAUAAAAAAGGUUGCAAUAUACCUAUGUCGCAACAACACUAUUCAGACAAUGGAAGAACUUCUUUUUGAGCUGCAGCAAACCGAUCCAGUGAACCCAAUAGUCCAGCACUGUGAUAAUCCCCCAUUUUACCGUUUUGCUGCCAGUAACAAAGCCUCAGCUGCAGCUUCUGGAACCACCUCUAGCAGUAACACUGUUGUAGCUGGCCAAGAUAGUUUUCCUGAUGUAGAGGAGAACAGAAUGGUGAAAGAGACUGAUGAAAGGUUCAGUAAUGUAGUCAGAGCACACACCCGACUCGAGUCAAGGUACAGUAAUAGCUCCGGAGGAUCUUAUGACGAUGACAAAAAUGAUCCUGUUUCUCCAUAUACAAGCUGGCUAUUGAAUAUUGUUGAAACCAAACAGCCACAUCCCCUGCCCAUGCCUUACAAUGGAGGAUGUUGGGCACCACUUGUGGACUACCUCCCAGAAACCAUCACACCCCGGGGACCCCUUCAUAGGUGCAAUAUUGCUGUCAUUUUCAUGACUGAGAUGGUAGUGGAUCACAGUGUGAGAGAGGAUUGGGCCCUUCACCUCCCUUUAUUGCUACAUGCCCUCUUUUUAGGUCUUGACCAUUACCGCCCUGAGGUCUUUGAACACAGUAAAAAGUUACUGCUUCACCUUUUAAUUGCAUUAUCUUGCAAUAGCAACUAUCAAGCCAUUGCAUCAGUGCUUCUUCAGACUAGAGAGAUGAAUGAGACCAAGACUCUGACGGUACAACCAGCGUAUUUACCUGAAUAUCUUUACACAGGUGGCUUUGACUUUCUGCGGGAAUACCAGUCGUCUCCGGUGCCAGACUCUGGCCUCAGCUCCAGCUCCACCUCCUCCAGUAUCAGUCUGGGAGGCAGCAGUGGAAAUCUCCCACAGAUUACACAAGAGGUUGAGGACAUGGACACUGCUGCUGAAACAGAUGAGAAAGCAAACAAAUUAAUUGAGUUUCUGACAACCAGGGCAUUUGGGCCACUUUGGUGCCAUGAAGAUAUCACACCCAAAAAUCAGAACACCAAGAGCGCUGAACAGCUUACUAAUUUUCUGCGUCAUGUUGUAUCUGUAUUUAAAGAUUCCAAGUCAGGUUUUCAUUUGGAGCAGCAUCUGAGUGAAGUUGCUUUACAAACAGCUCUUUCAAGCUCUUCAAGACAUUAUGCAGGUCGCUCUUUCCAGAUAUUCAGGGCCCUGAAGCAGCCACUUUCUGCACAUGCAUUGUCUGACCUCCUGUCAAGACUGGUGGAAGUUAUUGGAGAGCAUGGAGAUGAGAUACAGGGGUAUGUGAUGGAGGCACUACUUACUUUGGAAGCUGCUGUGGAUAAUCUGUCAGACUGUUUGAAGAACAGUGAUCUUUUGACAGUGUUAUCACGUUCGUCUUCGCCAGAUUUAAUGUCAAGCACCAAACUGACUGCAAACCGGAAGAGCACAGGACAGCUGAAUGUGAAUCCUGCAAGUGGUAACACAGCCACUGCUGAACGAAGCAGGCACCAAAGGAGCUUCUCUGUGCCCAAAAAGUUUGGAGAUGUGGACAAGUCCUCAGACCCACCACGCAGUGCCACACUAGACAGAAUCCAGGCGUGCACCCAACAAGGCCUGUCCUCUAAAACAAGAAGUUCAUCUUCUCUAAAGGACAGUCUCACUGACCCAUCCCAUAUUAACAAUCCGACCAACCUACUGGCCACCAUCUUCUGGGUUGCUGUGGCGUUGAUGGAAUCAGAUUUUGAGUUUGAGUAUCUAAUGGCAUUGCGGUUACUGAAUAAACUUCUGGCUCAUUUGCCGCUGGAUAAAGCUGAAAACCGAGAAAAAUUGGAGAAGUUGCAAGGGCAGCUGAAAUGGGCAGACUUCUCAGGGCUUCAGCAGCUACUUCUGAAAGGAUUCACCUCCCUUACUACCACUGAUCUCACACUACAGCUCUUUAGUUUGCUGACACCAGUGUCUCGAAUAUCCAUGGUGGAUUCCUCUCAAGCUAUAGGAUUUCCACUGAAUGUUUUGUGUCUCCUGCCCCAUUUAAUUCAGCAUUUUGACAGCCCAAACCAGUUUUGUAAAGAUAUAGCCGAAAGGAUUGCUCAGGUUUGUUUGGAGGAGAAGAACCCCAAACUAUCAAAUCUCGCACAUGUCAUGACCCUUUAUAAAACACACAGCUAUACAAGGGACUGUGCUACCUGGGUGAAUGUGGUUUGCCGUUACCUUCAUGAAGCAUUUGCUGAUAUUACUUUGAGUAUGGUUACAUAUUUGGCUGAGCUACUAGAAAAAGGACUUCCGAGUAUGCAACAAUCCCUCUUACAGAUGAUCUACAGUCUUCUUAGCUAUAUGGACAUGUCAGCUAUCCCGAUGAAACAGUUUAACGUGGAGGUGCUAAAAACCAUUGAAAAAUACAUACAGAGCAUUCACUGGAGAGAAGCCUUGAAUAUCCUGAAGUUGGUGGUUUCUCGUUCUGCCAGUUUAGUUUUACCAUCCUACCAACACAGCGAUCUUUCAAAAAUGGAAAUACAUCGAGUGUGGAACAGUGCCUCCAAGGAGCUACCAGGGAAGACUUUAGAGUUUCAUUUUGAUAUUUCAGAGACUCCAAUUAUUGGGAGGCGGUAUGAUGAGCUGCAGAGUUCUUCUGGACGAGAUGGUAAACCCAGGGCAAUGGCUGUCACCCGAAGCACUUCUUCAACCUCAUCAGGAUCUAACUCCAAUGUCCUUGUUCCUGUGAGCUGGAAGAGACCCCAGUACUCUCAGAAAAGGACAAAGGAAAAGCUUGUGCAUGUCCUUUCUCUGUGUGGUCAGGAAGUUGGGCUGAGUAAAAACCCUUCAGUAAUUUUUUCUUCCUGUGGUGAUUUGGAUCUGAUUGAGCACCAGACAAGCUUGGUGUCUUCAGAAGACGGAACAAGGGAGCAGGAGAACAUGGAUGAUUCAAACAGUGAACAACAAUUCAGAGUCUUUAGGGACUUUGAUUUCCUAGAUGUUGAGCUGGAAGAUGGGGAGGAACUUCAGGGUGAAAGCAUGGACAACUUCAACUGGGGAGUACGCAGACGGUCGCUGGAUAGCCUGGACAAGUGUGACAUGCAGCUGCUGGAAGAGAGCCAGCUCUCAGGGAGCACGCCCAGCCUGAACAAAAUGAACCAUGAGGACUCUGAUGAGUCAUCUGAGGAAGAGGACCUGACCACCAGCCAAAUCUUGGAGAACUCAGACCUUAUUAUAAAUCUUUCCCCAUCUGAGGAUACAAAUCAUAUUGACUCACUUUCUACAUCAUGUGACACAACCUCAGCAGACCCUCAUCAUUUUAAUAUAGAAACGUCCAGCUUUGAUGUGUCUUUGCCUGAUAUGAAUAAUCUCCAGGUGUCUGAAGGAUCCAAGGUUGAAGCUGUACAUGAAGAACAAGAUACAGCAGCCCAUGAGGAUGACCUUUCAGGGUCUACAAAUGAACUCCCUGGAGCAUUUGAAUGCAGUGAUAGCCUUAGUCUGGAUAUGACAGAGACUGAAGAGAAAGUUGACAGGCUGGAACAAUUUGCUCUUGCUAGUUUUGGAGAUGUUGAUCGAAAUGCCUCCCCUCCUCCUUCACCAUUUUUUUCUGCCAUCCUUGCUGCAUUUCAGCCAGCAGCAUGUGAUGAUGCAGAAGAAGCCUGGCGUAGUCAUAUCAACCAGCUCAUGUGCGACUCUGAUGGUUCCUGUGCAGUUUAUACAUUUCAUGUGUUCUCUUCCCUGUUUAAGAAUAUUCAGAAAAGAUUCUGCUUCCUAACCUGCGAUGCAGCUAGUUACUUGGGAGACAACCUGCGAGGAAUAGGCUCCAAGUUUGUGAGGUCUUCUCAGAUGUUAACGUCGUGUUCAGAAUGUCCCACCCUUUUUGUAGAUGCAGAAACGCUGCUCUCUUGUGGCCUCCUUGAAAAGCUGAAGUUCAGUGUUUUAGAACUGCAGGAAUACCUGGACACAUACAACAACAGGAAAGAAGCAACGCUCUCGUGGCUUGCAAACUGCAAAGCAACAUUUGCUGGGGGCUCACGAGAUGGAGUUAUUACCUGCCAGCCAGGGGACUCAGAAGAGAAGCAAAUGGAAUCUCUUGCACAAUUGGAACUGUGUCAGAGAUUAUAUAAACUGCACUUCCAGCUGCUGUUGCUUUUUCAGUCCUACUGUAAACUCAUCGGACAAGUGCAUGAAGUCAGUUCCAUGCCAGAGCUGUUAAAUAUGUCGAGAGAACUGAGUGAGUUGAAGAAAAAUCUUAAGGAUGCUACUGCUGCCCUCGCAGCUGAGCCUCUGACGACAGAAUCUGAGCCCACAUUCAACUCUACGGAAGCGGCUAUUCAGUCCAUGCUGGAGUGUUUGAAAAACAAUGAACUUGUUAAAGCCGUCCGACAAAUAAGAGAAUGCAGGAUUUUGUGGCCCAAUGAUAUCUUUGGAAGUAGCUCUGACGAUGAAGUCCAGACACUACUGAACAUUUACUUCCGGCACCAAACCUUGGGUCAGACGGGCACCUAUGCACUGGUGGGCUCCAACCAGAGCCUGACUGAAAUCUGUACCAAAUUAAUGGAACUGAAUAUAGAGAUCCGCGACAUGAUUCGCAGAGCUCAGAGUUACCGGGUCAUCAAUACUUUUCUUCCAGACUCCAGCAUUUCCGGCACAAGUCUCUGACAGGACUUUUGUGUCCUCUUUCAAGCUGGGAGUGCUGCCCUGUUGGAGUGAGGUGGCUCAAUGUCUUCUCAGCCUUACAAAGGUUUGGUCAAACUGUACUCACUCUUGUUACAUUUAGGAUUUCUUCUAAAAAGAUAUGGGCUGAACUUCAAAUGUGUAGCAAUACUGUAAGGACAAAGGUAGCAUAGAGCAUCUGGGACAACAUCCUUUGUUCUCUGUUGCACAAAACCCAGUUAGCAUUUCACUGAGCAACUGCAACUCACUACUGAAGAAGUGACUUCCAUUGCAUACCAAAGCCUACUACACUGAACAGUACUUCCUUUAUAGCAAAUUAAUUUUAGGUUGGCAAAAGUGCAAUGUUUCCUUCACGAAAUAAUAUUUUUUGUUAAAAAAAAAAACAACUUGUACAUUUUUUUCCUUUUUUCUCUUAUUUGGUUGAGUGAAAGAUGGGCAGAAUGAAGCUGGCCACAGAAUCUCGCAAACUUGUUGGUCAAAAGCUGAGAGCCUGUGUAUAUGAAACAAAUUGUAAAUGGACUACAGUUUAAUGUACACUGUAAUUUGAAUAUGAUUACUGUAUCUUAAAACAACGAGCUGCUAUGAAGUACAUUUCCUAAUGUUACUAGGCUACUGUCUCUGAAGGUACUGGAUCAUAUUGCAGAGGUCUGUUCUUAGGCCCCCCCCAAGCAUCAUGAAUGGUCUUGGUAGAUUUUCUUUUUUAUUAUUAUUUUAAAGGAUCUUGGCUGCUUUUUACUAGCAGGUUGCUUUUAUGAAUAUAUUUAUACUAUUAAAGGACAGUUGAUCUAAUUUAACUUGCCAUUUUGUAGGAGAAAGUCCCAUCACAGAGUCAAAUCUUUUGAACUGUUAUGCAUGCAUAUUUUUAUUUAAUAUAAAUUUUGAGUAUAAAAAAGUAAAAAUAUUAACGUGAAAUGCAAGUUUUCAUGUUAAGUUUCUUUAAAGAGAUGUCUUAUUUUAUUUGUAAUGUAUAUAUAUAAAAGUCAUACCUGUAUGGGUUUUUUCUUACAUUUAACUGCUGUCCAGUGUUAAAUGUAUGCAUGUAAAUCUGUUGCACAUCUGAGACACUUUUAUUCUGACAACUAUGUAACUUAUUCACUCUGUAAAUACACUUACCGUUUUUGUGAAGUAACUUUGGUUGAUAUUUGGAUCAGUGCAUCCAUUUAACUAAAAUAUAAAAGUCAUAUAUAGUCACAACA